CUUCGGACAUCCAUCUCCUUUCAAAGAAACCCACAUUCAGACAAGAGAAGAAAGAGGAAAACAAGGACAUAAACAGAGAGAUGCAGCUGCAUAUAUCUCCGAGCUUAAGACAUGUGACGGUGGUCACGGGGAAAGGAUUGAGAGAGUUCAUAAAAGUGAAGGUGGGUUCUAGAAGAUUCUCGUAUCAGAUGAUGUUUUACUCUCUGCUCUUCUUCACUUUUCUUCUCCGGUUCGUCUUCGUUCUCUCCACCGUUGAUACUAUUGACGGCGAUCCCUCUCCUUGCUCCUCUCUUGCUUGCUUAGGAAAAAGACUAAAGCCAAAAAUUUUAGGACGAAGAGCUGAGACUGGUAAUGUUCCAGAAGCUGUGUACCAAGUGUUGGAACAACCUUUAAGUGAACAAGAGCUAAAAGGACGAUCAGACAUACCACAAACACUUCAAGAUUUCAUGUCUGAAGUCAAAAGAAGCAAAUCAGACGCAAGAGAGUUUGCUCAAAAGCUAAAAGAAAUGGUGACAUUAAUGGAACAGAGAACCAGAACGGCUAAGAUCCAAGAGUAUUUAUACCGACAUGUUGCAUCAAGCAGUAUACCGAAACAACUUCACUGUUUAGCUCUUAAACUAGCACACGAGCAUUCCAUAAACGCAGCCGCACGUCUCCAGCUUCCAGAAGCAGAACUAGUCCCAACCUUAGUCGACAACAAUUACUUUCACUUUGUCUUGGCGUCAGACAAUAUUCUUGCAGCCUCGGUCGUGGCUAAGUCUUUGGUUCAGAACUCUUUAAGACCUCAUAAGAUCGUUCUUCACAUCAUAACGGAUAGGAAAACUUAUUUCCCAAUGCAAGCCUGGUUCUCAUUGCAUCCUCUGUCUCCAGCGAUCAUUGAGGUCAAGGCUUUGCAUCAUUUUGAUUGGUUAUCGAAAGGGAAAGUUCCUGUUUUGGAAGCUAUGGAGAAGGAUCAGAGAGUGAGGUCUCAGUUCAGAGGCGGUUCAUCGGUUAUUGUUGCUAACAACGAGGAGAAUCCAGUUGUUGUUGCUGCUAAGUUACAAGCUCUUAGCCCUAAGUACAACUCCUUGAUGAAUCACAUCCGUAUACAUCUACCAGAGUUGUUUCCGAGCCUAAACAAGGUCGUGUUUCUAGACGAUGACAUUGUGAUACAAACAGAUCUUUCACCACUUUGGGACAUUGACAUGGACGGGAAAGUUAAUGGAGCAGUUGAGACAUGUAGAGGAGAAGACAAGUUUGUCAUGUCAAAGAAGUUCAAGAGUUACCUCAAUUUCUCAAACCCGUUAAUAGCCAGACACUUCGACCCAGAGGAAUGUGCUUGGGCUUACGGGAUGAAUGUGUUCGAUCUAGCUGCUUGGAGGAAGACUAAUAUAAGCUCUACUUACUAUCAUUGGCUCGACGAGAACUUAAAGUCAGACCUGAGUUUGUGGCAGCUCGGAACUUUGCCUCCAGGGUUGAUAGCUUUCCACGGCCAUGUCCAGACCAUAGAUCCGUUCUGGCAUAUGCUUGGUCUUGGAUACCAAGAGACCACAAGCUUUUCUGAUGCUGAAAGUGCAGCUGUUGUCCAUUUCAAUGGAAGAGCUAAGCCUUGGCUUGAUAUAGCAUUUCCUCAUCUACGUCCUCUUUGGGCUAAGUAUCUUGAUUCCUCUGACAGGUUCAUCAAGAGCUGUCACAUCAGAGCAUCAUAAUAAUCACAUAUCAAAGACGUUGGACCCAGAGAAGAGAUUCACGGAUCAGUCCAUAGGUGCAAACUUUUCUGCAAUGGAGUUUUUACUUCACUGGUCAAGUUUCCCCUCUUCCAAGAUCAUGUUCUGAUGUCUCUCCUGUUUCUAAUUUUUUGUACUUUCAAACUCUUAUGACAAGGAAGUAAAAACCCGUUCUAUGUAUUAAUGUAAGCAACCAUAAUGUGAGAAACGAUCUGCCA